AUGGGGUGCUCUGUUUGUGCUCUCACAACACCAGCUUUGCUGUCCUUAUGCUUGAAACACUCCUUCACCAAAUGUUUUCAGUCAGCUUACGAGAUUGAUCGUGGGUUUGCCGAAGUACAGAGUUACUUAACGUAUGUACUACUCGGAAUUUCAAUCGUCAGUCUCAUCUUAACUCUGGUGUUCCUACUUCCUGCUAAAGCUCUUCGAUCAACUCGAUCCGCUAAGAUCAACAUCUGUUUCACCACCGCACUUUUGUUGGCGUCAUUGAUGUUCCUCAUCCAAGACGCUUUCAUUUCUGCUGAUGAUACCGGAGUCAUAAAACUGAAGUCGACGGGAUGUGCCGUGUACGCGAUGAUCCAGCAUUACUUAUGGCUUGUGGUCUUCGCCUGGAUGGUCGUCGAAGGGUUCCUUAUGUACCUUUCUCUCGUACAAGUGUUCGGAUCUCAUAUCUCAAAGUGUAUGCUGAAGUUUAACCUCGCGGCAUGGGGUAUCCCUCUACCGAUACCAUUCAUCGGAUAUUUCGUCUUCACGAAGCGGCACACCGUAGGUAGCUUCACUUUCACAGAACACGGGUACCUAGCGGACACUAUGUGCUUUAUCCGACCUGAAAGUACAUCCUUCUACACUCUCUUCCUAGCCCCCAUUGUCUUGGUUAUCUUGGUGAACCUUUUUUAUUAUCUGACCCUGAGUUUCUGUUUAAUUAAGUAACAUACCUCCAGAAGUACACUAUUCAUUAAACCCGUACUUUUAAAAGUACAUUAUUUAUUAAACCCGUGCUUUUAAAAGUACAUCAUUCAAAUAUGAUGUACUUUUAAAAGUACGAUGCAAUGUUCCAAAAACGCAAGCUCCAACAAUGAACUUUUAAAAGUACGGGUCGAAAAAGCUAUAAAAAAUAUAAAUUUUUUC